AUGAUCCGCCUGACGGUGGAAAAGAGCAACACCUUCAAACAGCUCGCUGAGCAGCUGUUACCUCAGCUCCCCUCGACAGUCGACCCUCAAACCAUCCGGCUCUCCCCCCAGCCCAGCGGUGGCGAGUCGAAGCUCCUCUCUGAGAUUGCAAAGUACAAGUUGGAACAGAUAGGUUUAAAGGACCAUCCCAUCGACCCACCACCAUCCAUCGACACCGAGGUGAAACACAUCAAGAACCCCUGGGAGGUUGUGAAGCAGUCCCCUCUUGACGAUAGACUGGACAAGAAGGAUGGCAAGAUUCCACGAGGGAAGGAUGCCAAAAUGUGCCGUCACGGACCCAAGGGGAUGUGCGACUACUGCACACCGUUGGACCCCUUCAACCAAACAUAUCUCGACGAAAAGAAGAUCAAGUACAUGUCGGUACACGCUUACAUGCGCAAGACGAACUCGGCGACAAACAAGCCCGAGCUGGGGAGCUCGUUUAUUCCUCCUCUUGUCGAGCCGUACUACAGAGUCAAGCGCGACUGCCCAUCAGGACAUCCACAGUGGCCGGAAGGCAUCUGCACCAAAUGCCAACCCAGUGCCAUCAUUCUUCAGCCUCAAACUUUCCGCAUGGUGGAUCACGUCGAGUUCGCUUCUCCGGGCAUCAUCGACAAGUUUCUUGACGCUUGGCGCCGGACAGGGGCACAACGGUUAGGCAUCCUCUAUGGUCGGUAUAUGGAGUAUGAGGUUGUGCCAUUGGGAAUCAAAGCGGUAGUUGAGGCCAUCUAUGAGCCUCCACAGAUCGAUGAAGUUGAUGGUGUCUCGCUCAAUGCUUGGGAAAAUGAGCAAGAGAUCAACCAGAUCGCCAAGUUCUGCGGUCUUGAGCAGGUUGGUGUAAUAUGGACUGAUCUUUUGGACGCCGGCAAGGGCGAUGGCAGUGCCGUAUGCAAACGACACGCAGACUCAUACUUCCUCGCCUCUCAGGAGGUUUGCUUUGCUGCUCGGAUGCAGGCUCAGCACCCCAAGCCAUCCAAGUGGAGUGAUGCAGGACGCUUUGGCUCCAACUUUGUCACUUGUGUCGUCUCUGGUAACGAGCAGGGUGAGAUUUCCAUUUCAGCUUACCAGAUGUCAAACGAUGCGGUAGAAAUGGUGAGGGCAGAUAUCAUUGAGCCUUCAGCCGACCCAACACAAAUGCUGGUGCGGGAGGAAGAGGAAGACGAUGGGUCUGUUAGCAGGACACGCUACAUCCCCGAGGUGUUUUACCGCAGGAUCAACGAAUACGGCGUCAACGUUCAAGAGAACGCAAAGCCAGCAUUCCCGGUCGAAUAUCUUUUCGUCACGCUUACCCACGGUUUCCCCGAGUCACCCAAGCCACUGUUUACCGACGAGGGCUUCCCGAUCGAGAACAGAGAAUAUGUUGGCGAGGCGCAACAACCUUCUGCUGUCGCCAAGGCUCUCAGGGUGAACCAAAAAGGCGACAACAGGCUGCCUGUCUCGGACUUCCACCUUCUCUGCUACAUUCACCAAAUGAGCGUCCUAUCCAAGGACGAGGAGGCUUUACUCUGCAAAGUUGCUACCCAUCAGGACUUGGCCGAAGCGUUCCAGUUGCGGGAGACGCCAGGGUUCCAAACCCUUAAGAUGAUCCUUGAAUCCACUGGCUGA